AUGCAGGAAUUGUGGUUGUUGUUCUGCGGUUGGGAUGAUCCUGUUCCAGAACCGAUCAAAUCGAGAUGGGAAAUCUACCACCAAGAGCUGGUGAAAACAUCUGAGCACCAUGUCAACAGAUGUGCAUUUCUUCCGAGUUCCGUUAUACAGCUGCACACUUUCGCGGAUGCUUCUCAGGCAGCAUAUGGAGCUUGUACGUACGCCCGAUGUGAAGACGACCAAGGAAAGGUGAGGAUUCAACUGCUAGCGUCGACAUCCCGAGUAGCCCCGCUGAAACGAAUCACCAUCGCCCGUUUGGAAUUAUGCGCAGCCGUGCUAGUCUCUCAUCUACACGCGCGAAUCAAAAAGACCAUCGAUGUCAACGUUUCUGCACCCUACUUUUGGUCAGAUUCCGCCGUCACUCUACAGUGGUUACGAUCACCUCCGAACGUCUGGCCUACCUUCGUCGCAAACAGAGUCUCGGAAAUACAGCAGUACACGAACGGAUGUCAGUGGAAACACGUUCCCGGAGCUGAAAACCCUGCCGACCUGGUCUCGCGCGGUAUGUCAGUCGACGAAUUUCUACAAAGCGACUUGUGGAGCUGUGCCCCAGGCUGGUUGUCACUGUCACCACAAGAUUGGCCAAUCUUCAUUCCCCCAGGCGUGCCAGCAGAAGAGCUGGAGUUAAAAACUACGGUUGCACUCACCCAAGCAGUUCCUACCGUUCAUCCCUGGUUUCUCCGUUGGUCUUCCUACAGCCGACUACUCCACGUCAUCGGAUAUUGUAUGCGAUUUGUCACCAACACCCGUUCAAAAGCACGAACCCAACCUUCGCCAUCCCCCAUUCCGGUCGACCAAUAA